GCAGCCGCUCUUCUGGGAGCUUCAGUCUCGGUCGUAGCCACCUGGUAACACGUCUGCUGCUAGUGCUCUGCCUUGUACCUCAUUGCUGUUUCUAAAGUUUCAGUUUUUGUUCUGUUGUGAAUUGAAAGGAGAUACCGAUCAGUUCCAGAAGAACAGCAAGUUCGUUUAUUACAACGCUUAAACCGGUGCAUUUGUUUGCAAGCGUGAAAAAUGCUAAGGAUAAUCAGCCUUGUUUCACUCUUUUGCCUCAUAUUGCACGGGAGUCUGGCAUCCAACUCUGAGGAAAAUGCGCUGGAUCUUAGCUUAGGCGAAGAUGAAUGCAGUAUGAUGGUAUGCCGGGCUGGAAGAGAGUGUAAAGUAGGUGCCGAUGGCGAAGCCGCUUGCACUUGCAUCGCCUCCUGUCCCGAUCACUUUGUACCCGUCUGCGGCAGCAACAAUCAAUCGUACGAUAACUUUUGUCUGAUGCACCGCGAUGCUUGCCUCACGGGCGUUCACAUCAGCCUCAAGAAGAAAGGAUACUGCUCUAACAAAUCUAUCAAGAAAAAGUCCAGCAAAAAGGAUAACAUUAAAGAAGAAAAUCAUUUCGAACCAGUGGUUUGCUUCCAAUGGGAGAGGGAUGCCCUCCGCCGUCAAAUUAUCACCUACUUCCGACAUCACACUGCCGAUCAGAGCUGGUACCGGCCAGAUCUGAAGAGUUACGAGAAACAGUUUGCCCGUUUUUUCAUGUGCGACACAUCUAAAGACAACUUUGUCGACGCCAACGAACUAGCUGCUUGCGUAACCGAAGUUCCCUUUGCCCUUCGUACCACGACCGCCACCAACGAACUUGUAAAAGUUUUGUGUGUUGACGCCAUCAUUGAUUCAGCGGAUACAAACUCAGAUUGGCGUUUGGACUUCGAAGAAUACAAAACUCUGAUGGAUUCCAGUUUCCAGCCUAAAGAAAAGCUGUGCUCUUUGGAAGGGAAAAAGUACGAGGAUGGCUCUCAAACAAAAGUCGACUGUAACGAUUGUGUCUGCGCCUGUGGUAGCUGGGUGUGCUCUUCCAAAAAGUGUGACGAAGAGCUGAAUGAAAUCGAUGACGUAGAUGAAGAUGAAGAUUUGGAGGAUGAGUUGGACGAAGAUGAGGACAAGAGCGAAGAUUUAACAAGCACCAAGGACGAGGUUAAAAUUCUUAAAAUCGAAGAGGACAUCGAUCUGAAGAUUGACGAUCCGGACGAGGAUCAACCACCUAAAAUCAAUUCAGAUGAUGACGACGAUAUGGAUGACGAAGACAAUGAAGAUGAUGACGACGAGGACUACGAUGAUGAAAUCGAUUUGAAGCCAAUCAAGAAAUCUAAAAAUAAGAAGAAGAAAUCUACGUAAUUCGUUGGGUCUUUUUACCAACUCUUUAGUUUUAUUCCACAGUUAGCUUCUGCUUUUAGUGACGUCGUUGCGUUCCAGUUUGGGGAGCUAAACCCUGCUGUCCUAUUUACAUUUUAGUUGAGUCUUAAUCUUAUCUAAGCCCGAAUUGUUAGUGCAUUUUAUCGUGUUAUACUGACGAGCUAAUUUUCUUUUAUGUUUAUUUCUACAACGAGCUAAAAUAACAACCUGGGUUAAAUUCCACUUGACGCUUUCGCCCCUACGGCGCUGUACAAUACAUUCCCCCGGCAAUCGAAA